AUGUCCUCAUUUGUCGCGCUGAACAUCGAGCCCAAUGAGGAUGCUGAGGAAGUCGAUGACACCAAGGAAAUACAAAUAGAGGAGGCUCUCAAACUAUACCAGACUGCCUUGAGACUUCAUUCGCAAGGCCCAGAUCAUUACCACCAAGCCCGGGAAGCAUACGAGGCCCUUUUCAAGUCCGAUAUAUUCAACUAUCCGGAAGCUGUUUCUGAAUAUAAGAGAGACCAGCUCUUGGAUAUAGAACAUGAAAGUUUUGACUAUUAUGAGGACAUCGCUGAAGGCGAUAUCUCAGAUCCUAUCAACACAACUUCGAGCGCCCUACCACAAACGAUAUUUUUGUCUUACAGAAACCAUGCACAAUUCAUUCUAGAUGACUUACAGAACUCACUGAGAGAUGCCAAUAAGCACGAUUACAAGCGCCUUUCAAAUCGCAUCAAAGAGGCCUUAGAAGGCUUUGCAGAAGCACUUGAGCGUGACGAUACGGACAUGGAUUUGUGGAGAAAAAGCAGCCGCGUUGGCGAUGCUUUGAACAGUCGCCGGAUUUCGAGAUUUUGUUUGGAAAGCGUCCUCGAGUGUGAUGACUACGGAAUAGAUGAGCGCUUUGGGCAACUGGGACUGGAACAGAUUUUUGCGGUUCGAGAUUUGCGCCGGAUACUAGAUGCCCUCCAGGACAAUCUUUCUUCCACAAACCUUCCAUUGAAGAAACCAAAGAACAGUAUUUCUCGUCUUUUUGAGAAGCAGGCGGACAUGUACCCGUUCCUUCCCACUCGAUCGGACGGCCCAUCAACACUUGGUCCCCAUCAAGAUGCUACAGCCCCAUAUCAUAUAGUUGAGUCCGCUGCUAAGACUUGGAUUGAUGUCGGGAACGCUAUUCUUAAGGCAUUAGUGGAAGUCUCGGAAACGCCCUAUUUGACCUGGCCAUCUGCGUCGUUACGAAUACUUAAUAAGCAUGUCAUCACUGAACAAUCUCCAAUAUCCCCAGUGGUAGAAGGUGCUCCAAAUAAUGAGGUCUCCGAUAUUCUUCCGGAUGCUACCCAGGAUACUGAAAUUCUGGAUGUGGAAAGUGAUGGCACGCUUGUCGGCUCAGAUAAAUCUACCCUCGAAGCCAUGGAGACUGGUGGAGAAGUAGUAACAAUAAAUGUACCAGGCCCUCCACAUAUUGUUGAGAACACGAAAGGACAGGAGAAUGAAAAGCUCACAGAACUGGAUGGUGAGAACUCGGCCGACAGCAAGGAUAUAGCCGUUAAACCGGAUGCACCUCAACCCCGGAAGAGAUCAUCUGCCUCCGUUUGGAAUGAGGAGCCAGCUGAUGGUGGAAGGGCUAAGAGUCGACGUAUCAGAGCUCGUGAAUCAAUAGCCGAAGCCCAGGCUCAACAAGAUGACAUAGUCUUUGAUCAAGUCAAAUAUUUCGAGGAUCUUCUGGAAAACUUUGCUCACGCCGAUCGAUGGAUGUUCAAUACAACUGGAGCAUUAAUUUCUAAAAUGGGCAUUGAAGACCUUGGCACUAUCGACGAACUGAAACAAGUAGUGGAUGAAUCCUAUCGGCAAACUUCUUUCCAAAGUACCCCGUGUGAGAAGUAUCUUGAAUCAGUCAGUGUACGGGAUCUAAGAGAAGCGAUCGAGAAUUGGUCCGGAUCAAUCAAUUUUAGAGACGACGUUUUUACAACGCCCGAUGGCCUGAUAGGAGUAAAACAAUAUGGCCUUAAUGUUUUCCUUGAGCGCUCGCGGCAGACUCAACAAGCUUCAACUCCAGCAAAUGAGGAUUACGAUAGUCAAGGGCUAUCAGAAUUCUUACUGCUCGUUAACUCAAGUCGUCUCCGUCCGGAACAAGCUGCAUUAAAGUGGCUAGAAAGGCAUUUAGCUUCUAGUCAUUUGUUUGUUAAGAGCCCCAAUUCUCCGCACAUGCUUCAAUUACGCUCUUCCUAUGCUGGCUCAAAGUGGUCUGAAGAAAUGAGAUGGCUAGUGCAGGAAUUACUAAAGAAUAGUGAUGAAUUCUUAUAUCAGAAUUUAUCCCUUGUAGACUUAGGGUUCGGUAAAGCUACCUCGGCUCCCAUCAAAGAGGAUGAAAGGGCAGUCGAUAUGGCUAUUUCAUACGCGGAAAUGGCUCAAACCCUUUACGAGGUUCAUUUGGAUAUGUAUGCGUCCAUGAGUUCGCCGAGUAAUGCCACCAAUGAAGCAUCUAAGGCGUUGCAGAAAGAUCGACUUCAACGCUGGGAAACAGUCGCUCGGGAUCGGCUCAUACAUUGUAUGGACGCCAAUGGUGAUGAUAGUUUAUCAACAAGCCUUGUUAUGCGACAUAUUUGGUCAACGAUAAUGCAUUUCAAUAUCACCGAAGACGCCAGCCGUGAAUAUGUUGUGGAGUGCUUAGAGGAUCUAAAACGGAUUCUACGCCAGUUUGAUACUCCAAUUAUUACGCUGGUGAACAAUACUCUCAUGUCGGAAUUAUCUGUUGAUGCAAUUGAGCAAGAAAUAGCCAGAAUUAGCUCCAUGGAAUUUUUUAUGAAAGUUUUUGGCCCCGGAAAGGAAGACCCGGUCAGCUUGAUCGAAAGUAUUGAACCUAUUUUGGAUCCAUCAGCGAUUGAAUAUCUUCCAUCUCAGAACAUGGAAACUGCAAAAUUUCGUGACGCUGCAUUGGAAGUCCAACGAGCUCGAGACCUAUCAUUUUUCCUAGAUCGUGGUGAUGCGACGUUGAAAUUGCUACUCUGGAGGCGGCUUCAGAAAGCUUAUGACUCUAUUCAAUAUCCUACGAAAGUCAUAUCAUGCUCACUACGCAGCAUUGAAAUCAUUGUUAAAGAAUUCACGUCGUCUUCUUAUCUGAAUUUACCUGGUGAACAACGUCGGAUAGCAUUGCUGAGAUGGCUCAAUCGUGCAGAUUAUCUAAUGCUCAAUGUGAUUGGGAAGAUUCUUGACGACCCUAAGAGUUCCUUUGAAUGUAUCGACAUGAACCACUUGCAAACGUCCAUGUCUGCUGUUGCAAAAUUGUCAAGACUUCUUCAUUCUUUUGUUCUUUAUGAGGACUCAGUUCGCAUUGGCCAAACAAGUCCACCUGAGAUCCGGCCAGCUGCUGCUGCAAAAGCACAUGAGCAUUACAAAGAAAAGCUACGUUCAAUGCUAGUCAGAGCCUGGACUUUGCAAUACACUCUACUUAAAGAAGGUAUUGAACAAAAUAGGGAGGUCUUUGACACGCCAUCUGACGAUUGUAUCAACUAUUUACGCUCGGUCCAUAAUGCCUUGGGAAUACGUUCAUAUUGCAAAUAUUCAAAUAAACUUCUACUAAAAGUCAUGAAGCAGGAGCUAUUAACGCUUGAUGCUGAAGACAAUUACGAAUCAGACACUGCGCAGGUGCUAUUUGAUUUUUAUGGACUAAAGUUCGCCCCGGAGCUUGGUAUCUCUCUGGAACAUGGCUGUCCAGUUGACAAACUAGAUAGAUCGGCAGCUCUGAUGAUGAUAGAUUUUGCCAUGGUGCAGGCAAAUCGUAUGAACAUUAAAGACUUCCUGAAGUCCGAUCUGAAAUCGACAAUCGAUAAUAUCCAAUCUGCUAUCGGCUGGUCUCCAAGAACGUCCCCUUCUCUCAACCAUAACAAGCGCAUUGUCUCUGCAUUUUUGAAAUCCCCGAUCAAUCCUUCCAGACUUCGUCGAACGAUUCAAGGGGUUAACGAGGUAUCCGUUAUAUCUACGCAGACAGAGAGCUAUAACCUGGCUGAAAGAGGAUGGUACUUUUUCCUUGGCCAUGCAGCACUAACAAAAUUCAAAACGCAAAAGCGAGUUAGUCCAGGUCCCUCCGAAGAUCUAGAUCAUGCCGCGACCUUUUUCCGUCGUGAAAUAGAACAUGGAAUCGACAGAUGGCAGACGUGGUAUCGCCUUGGACAAGCGUAUGAUUUUAAAUUAGAGGAGGACAUCACCUGGUCUGCAGAGAAGCUGAAUACCAGUCGAGCUGAUCUAGAGAUAAUGGAAAGGAGAGCUAUUAAUGCCUACUCGAUGGCCAUAGGAGCCGCCAUUCGGACAGCAGAUUCGUCUACAGAAACAAAGAAAACCAUGUCUGACUUGUAUACUCAAUUUGGCUUCCGAAUCUAUGCUUCCUCUAGAGCGCCUUUCUCGAUGGCAGCAUUUAAUUUGAACGACUUUAUGCGACAUUACAACAGUGAUAAGGAUCAACGAAUGUACAAAGGUCAGCCUUUUGGGGACAUGAAGCUUUAUUCAGCUUGGCACUUUGCUGGUUAUUUGUUUCGGAAAGCCAUGAUUGAUCGUCCAUCUUACUGGGUGAAUCGAUACAUGUUCAGCAAGUGCCUAUGGAAAAUGUUCACUUCCGAUGACCCACUAAAAAAGUGCUAUGAACCUGUUCAUGUCAACAAUGUACUUGACUCCUUGAACAAUGCCAUUAAUUCCUUACCUCAGAGAAAAGAUAAUCGAUCUGAUCCUAUACUUGAACCCCAUUUUAAACUGGUAUCCAUCAUCCAUAAAUUAGUCAAACGUGGAGAUUUGAAUCCCUACGAAGCGAGUGAAAAACUUCUUGCUACCCCAUGGGCGAAAAGGCUAUCGGUUGUAACAGAUAUGGAUUCUUGGAAGCCGUUCAUCUUAGAGGUCUUGAAAAACCUGCGUGCAGCUGAUAAGUCUAACUGGCAUCAUCGUGUUGUUGCAAGGGCUGCGCAUGUCAUUUACGAUGACACUAAAGACUACGAAGCCGCCGUAGCAGCAAAACAUGAACUGUCUCAACACGUGUUCACAAAGACAAUGUCGCUCCAAGUCUGGAAGCCCGAAAAUGAGCGCCCAGGGAGACACUUUGUAUAUACGUCCCGAUAUGUAUAUUUUUUUGUACACGUCCUUGACCAGCUCAACGACCGGACUGGUUUGGACCUUCUAAUCCGCCGCGUACGGAGGAGGCCCAAUGAUUUUGUCAACUUCGCACAGCUUUGGGAUGAUAUAUGCAAUACCUAUAUUAAGCUCUUCCGUCGCUUGGGGAAUAUCCCAAUCAAUCAUGAAGACGCAGUAUUCAAACCCAUCGGCUAUGAAGAAUUCAUCGCAAAUGCUAGCCGUUUAGAUUCGUGGAGUCAUUCGGAACCGGCGGACACGGCAACGAUUGACCUUGUAAGAGAGGCAGUAGAACUAAAAAAACUGAACGCAGGAUUAAUGAAAGCCGGAAUAUUCGAAGACCUAGUUGGAGAUACUUAUGCCCUUUUUUACGAAAAAAGCGUGCCAACAAUAUUAGAGGGGCUUGCAAAGGAAGAAAAUCGCGAGCGGAUGAAAGUAGACCAUCUUCUUUUAUGUGGUGGGACUGGUGAUACUGCUCACACUUCAUCUCUAACCCCAGAAAAGCCUCAAGAAAAACUGCCAGAGAAGGCUCCAAAGGCAAGAGCCAAGGGAGUCACGAGAAGAGAAGUUCAGCGAAAGGCAGAUGCUAUUGCUGCGAAGGCAGCCGCUUCGCGGCCAACAAAGGCUUCGCGUGCGGCCGAGGAAGACUCUAAACUCCCUAUCGUUGAACAAAUAGUUAAUGAACCGUCAACUAAAAAAGACGAGAUUCAGGAAAAUAUUCAAAAUCAAGUUUCAGAGAGAACGCAAGAAAUAACUGAAACUGCCACUGCUCGGAGCGCUCCGCCAACCGUUCUAGAGAAUGGUGACACGGAAAGCGAAUUGAGCGAGCUUGACGAGUCGAAGAUCUCCGAGUUAUCCAGACCUGUAGGGCAAAUCUUCCCGCAUUCACUUGCUAAAAGAUUGGUUUCACCAAACCCUCAGUCAGAAGCAUCGUCAAACAUUAGUAUUGAUGGUGGUGAUAAGAUCUAUGAUCUUGAAGAAUACGAUGGCGGGACUGGCCGCGAUACUGCAGGAGGUGACGUCGAAAUUGAAGCCAACAUUGAGGCUGAUACAGGGGCUGAGGGCAGAGAUGGAGAUGGGCUUGAUGGCGAUGAUGAUACUAUAGAUAUCAGCGGAGGCACCGACAUUGCUGGCGGUGGUGAUGGUGACGUCGAUAUCGAAGUUGACGAAGACGAAGACGACAAUGCUGAUGAUCCUGGUUUUGAUGCCGAUGCCGAUGUAGCUGCUGAUGGUGGUGCUGGUGAUGGCGAUGAGGACGACGACGAUGAAGGCGAUGAUGAUGCUGACGAGGGUGUUGAUCCCAACACAGGCUCCUGUGCUAAAGUUGACGCUGGCGAAGAUGAAGAUGAAAAUGAUGAAAACGAUGCUGACGACGAUACAGUCUCGCUAGAAAGCAGCAAAACUGAACUUGGAAAUACUCAGCCCCCUGGUCCCGAUGCCGACGACGAUACAGUCUCGCUGGAAAGCAGCAAAACUGAACUUGGCAAUACUCAGCCACCUUAUCCUGAUGCUGAGAUGGAAAAUGCCACAUAA